CCUUGAACAGGAUCAGAUGUGUCCCAAAAGUCACAGCACACGGCGACAUCAUUUUCAUUUUAUUGAACUACCAAUUGCAUCAUGCAAUUUGCUUGGCGUCCAUUUUCAUUUGAAUACGUAGAUUAACUGAGUUCAAAAAGCGGUUUGAUUCCAUCACAUCUAAUCUAUUUCUAAGAUCGAAAUCAAUUUUCAUCAAUUCCAAAGUAAAACUACAGUUUUGCAAACAUGAACGAACCAAUGGCUGACGCCCAAUUUCAAGACAAUCAAACAUCGGAAAUAUUCAAAUUGAAUGGUGAUUGUUUCGAAGCGGUGGCUGAAUGGUUGUGUUUGGCUGAUUUGCAUGCAUUGGGCCAAACAUGCAAGCGGCUACAAAAAGUUGCCGGAUACAUAUUCAAAGAAACUUAUCCAGCAGCUCGUAUCCAAUGUCAACGUGAUGGAAUUUACUUUGGUGACAUUCAAGUGAAUGGUUUUUGUGACUAUAUUCACAAUAUGGCUAUCAAAACUGAUGAUUUGAACUGCUUUCGUUUUGUUGACUCAAACAAUUUUACGUUGAUCAAACGAAUUCAAAUCAACAAAAUCAAAUUGACUGACGAAAAAAUUGGAUGCAUCAAGAAAAUUUUGAACAACGCUGAAAUUGUUGAGGUUAUAGAAUGCACAUUAAAUGAUGAGUUCUACGCGAAUUUUCUUCAUUUCUGCUCGAAGAUGACUGGUCUAUCAGUACGAACAAGCGAUGCCAAUUCAGAAGCCACUUACUUCUAUUAUCACUCUGAAACACAAUCAUCAGAAAGUUCGGAUGCCGAAAACAUUUUUGAAGAAGAGAUUCCCGUUAAUGUUUUGAUUGGUACGAAUAAUGAUUGGUUGCUUCGCAAGUACCCGAUGCUAGAACGUUUUGAACUGACAAAGACAGGCUUUCCUUUCGAAAACCUACCAUUGAAGGCAUUUUUCAAACAAAAUUCAAACAUUCGACAUUUUGCCGUCAGUAUGAAUGGUGAUUGGUCUGGUACCGAUAACUUGAAAUUGGACGUGUUCGCCAUUGAUUGUGACGAUUAUGACACGGAAUCAUUAGAGGUUGCAGGUACAAUGGAAUAUUUGUCCAAAAUGACCGAAGACAAACGAUUCUACGAGCGAUUGCACGUUUACGGAUAUGGAAUUACGGCUGAAUGGCACUUGGAGUGGAUGAUUUCAAUGAGUGAAAUUGAAAAGCUGUAUUUGCAUGACACAUGGAUUCGUUCAUUUGUAAUGAACGAUUUGAAAGAGAUACGGAUUAGAUGUGGCGCAGGAAUUUUAACUUCAGGCGUUGAUAUGGUCGGGAUGGUGAAUGGUCUCGCUAACAUUGAGCAAGUCUCUCUGGUGAAUGCAUCUGUCCUGGACAUUUUGGCAUUCAUCCGUGGCUCUGUGAAAUUGCACAAAUUACGAAUUGAAAAUUUCAACCCAACUGAAUUGUCAACGAACGGAACUAUCGUCCUCGAUCUAUCGAUGUGGAAUAAUGAACGGGAACCACUAGAGCGAGCUCGAAAGGUGACAGUUUACGUUGAAGAAAAGAUUUUUUUGGCAACGAAAUGGGCUACGCGCACAACUGACUACAGUUUGGUUGAUCUAAAACGCGACGAAUCGCAUGAUUGGAGCCAUGAUUUUGGAUUUUUGUAAGGAAUACGAUUAAUCCCAACUAUUUUACUUUCGCAUUAAUACAACAUUGAAUAUGAAUCGAUCAACGAUCAUAAAAAUCAAUAAUUUUGAUGAAAUCAAAGAAAGAUUGAACAGUAGCAUGAGACGCUAAAAAAACGAUGGCAUUAAUUUCUUAGACAAUACAUUAAUUUACGUAUUAAAUGGGUUAACAUUUGAGUUAAACAAAAUUCUCAUUUCCCACCAAUCAAUAAAAUACAAUUAUAGAAUAUGAUUAUCAAGUUAAAAUGUAAACCUUAAAAAUACCAACAUUAGUGUGCCAGUGCAUACUAACAUUAACAGACGCAACGUUAGAAAAAUCACUUCUGCAUAAAGCAAGAUUUAUUUUUCCAUAAUAAUUUUAAGAUUUUUUCCAUGUAAUAUAUUAACCUAUAGUCAAAGAGUUCCGCGUUGAAAAAUCCAUUGAAAUACUUUUCAAUAUAACAAAAGAACUAACAAUUGGGCUGAAUAAAUGUAUCACAUUUUUCUAUUUCGUAUACCAA